CUAACGCUGACUUUAUUUUUUUUUUGGUUGACAGCGUCGAUCUGUUUGUCAAUCUAGCACUUGUUAAUAUUUCAUAUACCGCGCUUGUAACUGUGCAUUCACGCCGAUAAAAAUGACAUUAACGGUUUUAAAUACAUAUAUUCAUUUCAAAGUGCAUGACACACUUUUGUCAUUCAUGUCGACGUUUGUUAAGUUGCUGCUUGCUCACAUCUGACGUGACUGUUAGCUUCAUGCUAACUAGCCCAGCACCGAGCUGGGCGGAUUUGUUGGGGGGUUAAAAAAGUGAAAGUCUUCUCUCUUUUGGGAAAAAAAAUCAACUUACUUUGUUACAUCGUUGCUUCGAAAGAGACGCAAACGUUGCUGUUUUCCAAGGUGAUGCUCCUUUAAGCACCGAUGGCAGUUCCAGGUGUCCCUUCUCCUUCGUCUGCUCCUCACUUGGACCACCGUGGCGCUCCGCAAUCGUGCAGGAAGCUGAAGUGAUCCUCCUCCAAGGGUUUUAGCUUCCUCAAGGACGUUUAUGGAGCCACAAUUGCGACAGAUUGUAUGUCUUUCCAACUUGGUUUCCCAUCCUGGACAGCAUGGAUGCUCUGUUUGAAUCCGGCUGACUGUCUCUCACCUCCUUUCCAAAGAGGGAGGGCGGGGGUCUGGUGCAGCGCCCCCUGCCCUUCCUUCCUUUUAGGGCGCCUUCAUAAGGUAUUCCUUUCAGCAUUCCGUUUUCAUGAAAUCCUGCCAGAGCCUCAAGGAGGAGGUUUCCGUCCCUUGCCUGGGCGGGAUGUCACAGGAGGAGGGACGCAGCAGGGCGCAGGUGUCCCAGUCCUACUAUAACCCCGCCAACCCCGACGGGGACCCGACGGGCAAACUGUACAAGCGGGAAGGAGGCGGCAAGCCUUACUCCGUGUUAGUGGACAACAAAAUGGCCACCAAGACGUCAGCGGAUGAGCUCGGCGUCGGCGCUCAGCAGCAGUAUUUCCGAGAGGGCGGGGCGGGGCAGGAAGUGCACACGCAGGGAUCGCAGGAGGCCACCUCAGAGGAGACGGAGGACGACGACGACGAGGAAGAGGACGGCGAGGAGGGCGGAGAAGAGGGAGGAGGGUUCAAGCGCGAGCAGAUCAUCGUGGAGGUCAACCUCAACAAUCAGACCCUCCAUGUCUCCAAAGGGGACAACAAAGGUGGGGGUGCAGGGGAUGACUCUGAGAGAGCCGGCAGUGAAGAUGAUGACGACGACGACGAAGAGGACGACGACGACGAAGAGGACAGUCCCGAUGAGGAGGACGAGGAUGAAGACGACGAGGAAGAGGAGAUCGAAAGUCGAAGAACCAGGUCCAAACGGGUCCACCGAGGUGGCCCCGCUUUCGGUCAGCCACAGAGGAAAAGCCUCCGCACGGCUCUGAGCUCGCCAUCCCCCGGGAUGACCACCAGGGGGCGCCGUAAGCACGCAGAGGCGCCGAAGAGCCAACGGAGAUCAGCCAGGUCGGCGCCGCCAUCGUCCGCCGGCGCCCCGGCGGGGGCCAAAGCCGAAACGGAGGAGAAGGAGAUGCUGGCGUGCGAGAAGUGCCCGCGGGUCUUCAACACACGGUGGUACCUGGAGAAGCACAUGAACGUCACGCACAGGAGGAUGCAGAUCUGCGACAAGUGCGGCAAGAAGUUUGUCCUGGAGAGCGAGCUGGCCUUGCACCAGCAGACCGACUGCGAGAAGAACAUCCAGUGUGUUUCCUGCAACAAAUCCUUCAAGAAGCUGUGGUCGCUGCACGAACACAUCAAGAUCGUGCACGGCUACGCGGAGAAAAAGUUCUCGUGUGAAAUCUGUGAGAAGAAGUUCUACACCAUGGCUCACGUCCGCAAGCACAUGGUUGCUCACACCAAGGACAUGCCGUUCACCUGCGAGACCUGCGGCAAGUCCUUUAAACGCAGCAUGUCCCUCAAAGUCCACUCGCUCCAGCAUUCGGGGGAGAAGCCCUUCCGCUGCGAGAACUGUGACGAGCGGUUCCAAUACAAGUACCAGCUGCGUUCCCACAUGAGCAUUCACAUCGGACACAAGCAGUUCAUGUGCCAGUGGUGCGGCAAAGACUUCAACAUGAAACAGUAUUUUGAUGAGCACAUGAAAACACACACAGGAGAGAAGCCUUUCAUUUGCGAGAUUUGCGGCAAGAGCUUCACCAGCCGGCCCAACAUGAAGCGCCACCGCCGCACCCACACGGGCGAGAAGCCGUACCCCUGCGAGGUGUGCGGCCAGCGCUUCCGCUUCUCCAACAUGCUCAAAGCGCACAAGGAGAAGUGCUUCCGGGUCACCAGCCCCGUGGUCCUGCAGACCAGCGGCCAGCCUGUGCCUGUCGGCAUCUUUGCCAACACCUUCUCCACCGCCACCACCACCUCCACCUCCUCGUCGUCUUCUGGACCCGGCCCCUCCACGGCCGCCCCGCCGGCCGCCAACAAUACAGCCCCGCUGGCUCUCAGCCCACCAGGGGCGGCAAUGCCCCCUCGAGGCCCUUUGGGACACACCUUCUCCCACGUGCAGAUCCACUCGGCCUCCUCUCACCACCACCCCCAGCAGCAGCAGCACCUCUCAAACACGCCCCAACCCAACCUCCACACCCACCACCACCACCACCACCACCACUUGGCCGUACCCCCAGUCGCUCAUCUGCCCCCUCCUCCGGCUCUUUUUAAGAGCGAGCCCCUGAACCACUGCGGGCAUGAAGACGGCGCCUACCUGCACCAUAUGGCCCCCGCUGACAAGGGUCCCAGCGCCCCUCAACAUCACUGAACUACCAAGCACACCUUCCACUCAUACCACACCCCCUCCACCCCCCUAUGCCUCAGCGUCUUAGGUCCUAACAUGAACACACUCUUGGAUGGCGCCCUCACAAGUGGACAGCUUGGUCCCCAGUAGGCGACGGUUUGAACCACAAAAGUCAAUCCCUCGUUUUUACAUUUUACACAAACUGGAGUCUUCUCCAACCUUCCAGCAAGUCCAGCCCAGUUUCCACUAAGCGGUCCGGUGCAGGUCACUACGUUUUUAUUCCCAAAUAUCCUGAUUGGUCGAAACAGAAAUAUAAUACGAUGGCGUUAUACACACUGCUGUCCACUGAUUGGUCGACUUAAGAAUUCACACUUGGAGGUGUUUGCACAAGUUUAUUGACAUAAGAACGCCGUUUUAUCCCGUUGUUUGUUCAGGUGUCUUUGGAGAUGCAAAAUACUAACCCUUGUUCUCGUCUCGUUGGUGGAAAAACGUUCAUCUCCAGUAACGGCGUCAUUUUUUAUGUGUUUUUGGACACGCAAAUCGCAACUUUUUGAAAGUUUUUUUUUUUUUAAGUUGCUAUGCUAACCAAAAAUCAACAAAUGAUAAUGAGUAGAUCAGCGGUUGCGGUAAUAUCGUAUCUUUGUGAUGGUCAUGGGCCUUUUAGACAAGCGGGAAAUUAUUUUCCCUUUUUAAUUGGAAAAAUACCCAUUGGUCGCGGGGGUGCUGGAGCCUAUCCCAGCUGUCUUUGGGCGAGAGGCGGGGUACACCCUGGACUGGUCGCCAGCCAAUCACAGGGCACAUAUAGACAAACAACCAUUCACACUCACAUUCAUACCUAUGGACAAUUUGGAGUCGCUAAUUAACCUAGCAUGUUUUUUUUUGGAACGUGGGAGGAAACCGGAGUACCCGGAGAAAACCCACGCAUGCACUGGGAGAACAUGUAAACUCCACACAGAGAUGGCCGAGGGUGGAAUUGAACGCUGGUCUCCUAGCUGUGAGGUCUGUGUGCUAACCACUAGACCGCCGUGCAUGACGAAAACAAAACAUUCAUUCAUUCAUUUUCUACCGCUUUUCCUCACGAGGGUCGCGGGGGUGCUGGAGCCUAUCCCAGCUGUCUUCGGGCGAGAGGCGAGGUACACCCUGGACUGGUCGCUAGCCAAUCACAGGGCACAUAUAGACAAACAACCAUUCACACUCACAUUCAUACCUAUGGACAAUUUGGAGUCGCUAAUUAACCUAGCAUGUUUUUUUUUGGAAUGUGGGAGGAAACCGGAGUACCCGGAGAAAACCCACGCAUGCACGGGGAGAACAUGCAUACUCCACACAGAGAUAGCCGAGGGUGGAAUUGAACGCUGGUCUCCUCGCUGUGAGGUCUGCGUGCUAACCACUAGACCGCCGUGCAUGACGAAAACAAAACAUACCAUCAAAAAAUGUAAUUGAUUAUGUCGCCUCUAUUUGUUUACAAACGGGGUGCUGACAUGGCGGGCGUUGGUCGCACUAAUUACGUAUGCGGGGUGCACAUUGUGACCUAAGCUUCACUCACUCCGUCGUGGUGAACUGGACCGAAGUAGGGGUCCAUUCAGUGGGAACGUUGGUUAAUCAUCAUAGAGCCAGCUGCUAUCACGUUUUUAUUGGUGGUCCAAUCCGCUCUUCCGGCUGUCCGCUUGUGAUGAUGUCAUCCAUUGUUUGUCAUUCUAAGGGUGCGCUGAUCAGAUUCAAGCUAAACGUAUACUUUUAAUGUGUGUUUGACCAUCAGACUGGUAUUUUAGGACGUUCAUCUUCAUGGUUGGGAUGGUUCUCAGCAUUUAUGAGUGAAAGAAUUCUCUCUUAUACAGUGGAUGGUGGGUGGAUUUUUGUUUUUAUUAUUAUAAUUAUUAUUAUUAUUAUUAUGACUGGAGGUCCCUCCCAUAGCAAUACUCACCCGUGGCGCCAUGAAAUGUCCCAUGAAUGUUGACGCUGGUUGGACCAGUCGUGCAAGAACACAGUGCCAUCCGUUAUGUAGUGUGACAGAAGGGAGAAGGUUUUAUUGUUUUGUUUGUUUUUUAACUUUAAAAGGAAAAGGUUUUGUACGUGAGAAUGUGAUGUAAAAGUCAUUUAACGGUGCUUUUCAUUCCACAAUUGCUUCGCUUCAAAUUUUUAACACCCCCCGUUUAAUCCACUUGAACGUCACACAGUCUUGUCGGGCCUGGUUCUUCUACGGAGAAAAAGAAACUCAGGUUUUGCAGGACUGUGCGGUGUCGCUUUAACUAUCCAUUACUGCCACUGUGAGGGUCCGUACAUAUGAGCCCCCCCCCUUCCCAAUCAGGAAAAAUAUCCUCCACCGCUGCUGUCAGAGAUGAUACGGGUUACCAUGUUGAAGCUGAUUUAACAUUCUCACUAUCCACACCUGACCCACAGAGUUCCACCAUUUGCUGUGUUAAGACUCUGGGAGGUUAUUCCCGACCCUUUUUAGAUCUGAAUAGCCGGGUGAAUGUCGCCUACGCAGAAGGAUGUGUCGUCUUUUUUAUGUUUUAUUUUUUGUUUUUUUUUUAUCAACAAAGCCCCGCCCCCACAGUGGAUUUGUAUGGACGAGCAAGUCAAUCAAAACAAUGUAUCAGCCGAUAAGGAGAAUGUCGUCUCUGACUGUUAUUUCCCGUGCAAAACAAAAGACACCAUUAGAUGUAUUUUUUUUUUUUUAAAGCGAUUCUAUAGACCAUGUCGCCCAGAAUGCCACCCUUUUUACACAGCCAGCCCCCAACCCCCGUUUUUCUGUAUUCUCACACAUCAGCUUUGACUUUGGAGAACACUGACGGAUUUUUUUCACCGAAGUGUCGGCUACCUUUACGUUUCCACUAAACUUGUUCGACCACUAAAUUGUAGGUAACGCUACCUGUAUAGUUUCCUUAAGCGUCUUGACGAGCCACACACCUUUUGCUACCAGGCGAUUAGUCACAUUUCUUAAGCUUUCUCCACUGAUUUCGGAUCAACAUUAGCAAUAAAAGUGUAGUUCCAGCCUCACUCUCCAUGUUGCUUUAGUUGCCGUUUUUUAAUUAGCGACGCAGGAAGCUAACAAGAGAAUUAAUUGAACAGAACCGUGCCGACCAACCGUGGAGCUACAGCAGAAGGAUAAAACCCAAAUUAAUCGAUUAAUCGAAAAGACAAGCUUCAGAUUAAUUCAUAAUUUCUCCAACGAUUUCGGAUCAACAUUGGCAAUAAAAGUGUAGUUCCAGCCUCACUCUCCAUGUCGCUUUAGUUGCCGUUUUUUAAUUAGCGACGCAGGAAGCUAACAAGCGAAUUAAUUGAACAGAACCGUGCUGACCAACCAUGGAGCUACAGCAGAAGGAUAAAACCCAAACUAGUCGAUUAAUCGAAAAGACAAGCUUCAGAUUAAUUAAUUUAUUAAUUCAUUCAUUUUCUCCCGCUUUUUCCUCACAAGGGUCGCAGGGGGUGCUGGAGCCUAUCCCAGCUGUUUUCGGGCGAGAGGCGGGGUUCAUUCCGUUUUUAAUUAGCGACGCAGGAAGCUAACAAGCGAAUUAAUUGAACAGAACCGUGCCGACCAACCGUGGAGCUACAGCAGAAGGAUAAAACCCAAACUAGUCGAUUAAUCGAAAAGACAAGCUUCAGAUUAAUUAAUUUAUUCAUUCAUUCAUUUUCUACCGUUUUCACCCUGGACUGGUGGCCAGCCAAUCACAGGGCACAUAUAGACAAACAACCAUUCACACUCACAUUCAUACCUAUGGACAAUUUGGAGUCACCAAUUAACCUAGCAUGUUUUUGGAAUGUGGGAGGAAACCGGAGUACCCGGAGAAAACCCACGCAUGCACGGGGAGAACAUGCAAACUCCACACAGAGAUUGCAGAGGGUGGAAUUGAACCCUGGUCUCCUAGCUGCGAGGUCUGUGCGCUAACCACUAGACCCGCCGUGCCGCCCCAGAUUAAUUCAUAAUUAAAAAAAAUAGUUGCAGCACUACUCUAUUGCUUUUUUUGGUCUUGUGCCUUGAGAAGAUAGUUCUGAAAGGGAAAUGGUGGCUGUGUGAAAGGGGACACGUUGGUGAUAAAAAUGGUCAUGCCUUUCUGCUGGUUGCUGUAUAAAAGGCACAGUGCCAGAUAUUCAACCGGAGCUGUUGUGUGAUAGAAGCGUAUAAUUCCGUAAGGUUUGCACGCUUCAAAAUGAAUCCUGCACCUUUUUUUUUUAUCCCGAUUCUCACUGAAAACAAAAUGGCUCCUUCUGGUUACCGUUUUUACUUCGCUACAUUGAAGUAACAAAGCUAAUAGUGGUCUUUUUUUUUGUUAUUUGUUUUGAAACAUAUCCCAGAUACUUACUAUACCAAAAGCCGCCCCCCUUUUUGCCCCCAAGCCCCUUUUCAGUAUUCAGCCUGAAGUGGUUCAAAAUGGGUAGUUUAAGGCGCCUCCUGGAUUGGACCUGCAGUUAUUAAACCCGCUUGGAUGAUAGCUCGUCAUCCCACUUGCAGUAUGGCUCUUUGUCUCGUUUGAUGCCUGUUCUGGGUUGUUUUUUUUUUUUAUAAAUGUGUGUAUUCUCUGCACUUUAGCGCUGCGUGGGCGAGGCGCAGGGAAGCGAUGGCUUGUGGAACAGAUUGCAGUCCAGGCUGCGUGAGGAAUGGUUGAAUUUGAGUGGAUGUUAUUUUGUUUGUUUUUUUUUUUUAAAUAGGCAAGGAAAGGAGGAGAAUGCCAGGUUGAGGCGGGUGAUGUGGAAGGGGGACCAUAGCAAAACAUAACUUUUCUUUGAAUAUGUGCAAAAAUCCCAAAAAGAAAUGUACUUUGGGAUGGGUAGGGGAACAGUUUUCCGGUUUUCCUCCCGCUUCGCCGACCACACACUUUGCCCUUCCAUGCUUUUAUCCGCAAUACUUUUUUUUUUUUUUUUUUUAAAUCUGCAUCAUUUUUAUUGAAAUUGCCGGAUGAUGCUCCUCCUUUCUUUGCUUUCAUAGAAUGCACUUUCUACUAAAAUUCUUGGCUAUAGUUGCGAAAAAAUAACAUUGUAUAUUCUAAGAUUCUAAGAUGUUUUAAAGCAAAAAAAAAAAAAAAGAAACAGAUAAAUCAUUAUUAUACUUCCCCUUCCUCCCACUUUGUAUUUCUAACCACUUAAUGUAGCAUUAAUGUGUAUUUUAUUAUUAUUAUUAUUAUUGUAUCUGGUACAAAAUGUGCAGCUUUAUAAGGUUUGUCUCUUUUUUUUUUUGUAUGUUCUUUGGAGAUUUGAGAAGUGAAACAAAGUUGGGCCUUUUUUUUUUUUUUUUUAAAUAAUGUACAUUUAACUGACUGCUAACUUUAAGUAAAAACAAGUAGCCACGACUUUGCUUCUGUGCUUGACUUGAUCCGGAUCUUUUGGAUGCCGACGGCGGCCCCGCCGUCAGGAGGGAAUUGGGCCACGGGGGGCCUUCAACUAGGGUAACCUUCACAACAGCUCUUAUCUCAAACCCGUGGCUAUUUUCACCGGUUUUUAGGGUCGAAGGGUUUGUGGUUGUGGUUGCCAUGCUUUCUACCCGCACGUGAGGUCCAAAGUUUUUAUCUGCA